CAUUUUGAAUGAUUCAGUUCAAAAGUUUUGAUUGUUUUUGUUAUGUUCAUCUUCUACAUUCAAUUGGAUUUAAUUAGAAUAUAAUUGAUGAGAAUUAGUUUAUUUAUACAAAAAUGAGUGAUUCAAGUGACGACGAAUUCGUUUUGCAUAAAAGAAAGCAUAAUAUUGGUAUGAACCGCACGAAACAGUAUAAAGCCAAUAGAAGUGAAGACGAUUUAACAAUGGAUGAAGUAGAAGAUGCAUUGAGCGAAAUUGAUUUGAAAUAUUCAAAAUACAGCACUAAAACAAAUUGCGAUCAAAACCUAAUUAUGCUGCUACAGGAUUUCGAUACAUUAGGACUUCCAGAAAUAGAUCCAUCUCUUUCAGUGGGAGAUAUAAAUAGCAAAGUGAUUAAAAACUCAAAGUUAUUAGUGGAAAUGUACCGAAGGAAUCUGAAUAAAUUAGAUGAGGAUGAAUUGAAUUUUAGAUGUAGAGAUACUAGGUAUGCAGACCUUCAGAAAAAAUUAACUACCCUUAAAUGUAGCUAUGAUAAAUUAGCUUACAAGAAUCAAAGUCUUGAAGCCAUGGUGGAUAAGACAAAAAAAGAAAAUAAUCGUUUGAGUGAAAUGCUGAGUAUGCAAAGAAAUGAGAUAAAAAAGUUGAAACAGUAUUAUUCUUCGAAACAAGAUGAAUUGCAGCAUUCUGUCAAGAAAUUGGAAAAGAAUAAUCAAGACUUGAAGGAUAUGUUUAGGCAAGAUGUUGGUAAAUACAUUGGAAAAGAUGAUGUAAUUGCAAACUACGUAAAGAAAUGUAAACUUAACGAGCAAAUAUAUGAAAGUACUAUCAAGCAAUUGCAAGACAAUAAUACCAAACUUUUGGAAGAACUGACUAAAUUCCGAGAAGACUGAAAGUUUUACACAAUCAGUUUGAGCAUAUAUAAUUGAUAUAUACAAUAAUAUUGAUACUCAAAAACCAAUCUAUCACUGGUUGAUGGUUAGUUUUGACAUUUUAAUUUAUUCUAUAAGAUCCUCAUCAGCUGUGAUAAAAUAUUAUCUACAAUUUUUUUAAAUUUUUUAUACUACUUCAGGUUUUAUCAAAACUUUUCUCAGUUUAGCUUGUUUUUAAAUUUGUCAUUUAUGCAAAUGAGGUAUCGAGGAAAAGUUAUAUUUACAAUUAAUUAUUCAUGUCGUAAUUAUUUCAGAAGUAGGCUAUCUAACAAAUUUUUGUAUGGUUUUUAUUUCUUAUAGAAAUAGUAAUGGAAAAAGUGAAAUUCAAAAAGACCGCCAAAACGCAACAUGAUGUCACUUGGAAGUAUAAACAAUCAAGUGCCAUGAAUUAUUUUUUAAUAUUUCAUUCUAAAGAUUAAGAUUCAUUAAAUUCUCAUUAUGGGUUUAGAAUUCAACGUUGUUUCAAAUGACCUUUCCGUUGGAAAAUGAAGUAAUAAAACUAAAUGCAAAUGACAUGUUUACUUCAAAAUGACGUCAUGGUUAAUUCACUCAAUCUAGUUUGUUUCUUAUCACGUGAUAAUAAGGAUGAAUUAUUAAAUUUUCAAAGGUUUUGCAUAUCCAAUAUCAAAUUUUCUGCAAAUCAAUGUAUAUUGUUUUCAAUUUAUUGUCAUCAAAUAAGGAAAUAUUCUUCAUUGUGCCAAAUAGUCAUUUUCUUUUUUUUUUACUGACCUCUUAUUUUAUUGAAAAUUAUAUGUUUGCCAAAAUGUAUCGAUUGAAUAUUGACGCUAAAAUUGAAAUAAACAAUUUUAAAUAAAUAUCAAAUUUUCUGCAAAUCAAUGUAUAUUGUUUUCAAUUUAUUGUCAUUAAAUAGGGAAAUAUUCUCCAUUGUGCCAAAUAGUCAUUUUCUUUUUUUUUUUACUGACCUCUUAUUUUAUUGAAAAUUAUAUGUAUGCCAAAAUGUAUCGAUUGAAUAUUGACGCUAAAAUUGAAAUAAACAAUUUUAAAUAAA